AUGAGUUCUUCGUUGUCGUUAAAGACGGUGAGGCAGCUGCAGGUGGCGUCUCCGGUCCCAGCAGACAUAGACAUUGCCAAUUCUGUCGAGCCUUUCCACAUCUCUGAGAUUGCCAAGGACCUCAAUCUCAGUCCCAAGCACUAUGAUCUUUAUGGAAAAUACAAGGCCAAGGUUCUUUUGUCUGUGAUUGAUGAGCUGAAAGGAUCUGGUGAUGGGUAUUAUGUUGUGGUUGGAGGAAUUACACCUACCCCUCUCGGAGAAGGCAAGUCUACCACUACUGUUGGACUCUGUCAAGCUUUGGGUGCUUUUCAGGAUAAGAAGGUUGUUACUUGCCUUCGUCAACCAUCACAAGGACCAACUUUUGGAAUUAAAGGGGGUGCAGCAGGUGGUGGUUACAGUCAAGUGAUCCCAAUGGAUGAGUUUAAUCUUCACCUAACAGGAGAUAUUCAUGCAAUUACAGCUGCAAACAAUCUUCUGGCUGCUGCCAUUGAUACUCGGAUUUUCCAUGAGGCAACCCAAUCAGAUAAGGCUCUAAUGAACCGGUUAUGCCCACCAAACAAAGAAGGGAAACGGAGCUUUAAUGACAUCAUGUUUAGACGUCUGACGAAGCUUGGCAUCUCCAAGACCAGUCCUGAGGAUCUUACCCCAGAAGAAGUUAAGAAAUUUGCUAGGCUUGAUAUUGACCCAGAUUCUAUCACAUGGAGAAGAGUAAUGGACAUAAAUGACCGGUUCUUGAGGAAGAUUACAAUCGGUCAAGGCCCUGAUGAGAAAGGGAUGGUGAGAGAAACAGCAUUUGAUAUUUCAGUUGCCAGUGAAAUAAUGGCAGUUUUGGCCCUUACAACUUCUCUAGCAGAUAUGAGGGAGAGGCUUGGGAAAAUGGUGAUUGGAAACAGCAGGGCUGGUGACCCUGUAACUGCUGAUGAUCUUGGCGUAGGAGGUGCAUUAACUGUUUUAAUGAAGGAUGCUAUUAACCCUACAUUAAUGCAGACUCUUGAGGGGACCCCGGUUCUUGUUCAUGCCGGUCCUUUUGCAAACAUUGCGCACGGGAAUUCCUCUAUUGUGGCUGAUAAGAUUGCACUGAAACUGGUGGGACCAGGUGGGUUUGUGGUCACAGAAGCUGGGUUUGGUGCUGAUAUUGGUACUGAGAAGUUCAUGAAUAUAAAAUGCCGGUAUAGUGGUUUAACACCACAGUGUGCAAUUAUAGUUGCAACCAUAAGGGCAUUGAAAAUGCAUGGUGGUGGGCCGGAUGUUGUUGCUGGGAAGCCUCUUAACAAUGCCUAUAUAACUGAGAACGUGGCUUUGGUUGAGGCAGGCUGUAUAAAUUUGGCCAAGCAUAUUUCAAACACUAAAGCCUAUGGUGUGAAUGUUGUUGUUGCUGUGAACAAGUUCUCGACUGACAGUGAAGCAGAACUAAAUGCAGUUAGAAAUUCAGCAUUGGCUGCUGGGGCAUAUGAUGCAGUUAUUUGUACUCACCAUGCCCAUGGUGGAAAAGGAGCGGUAGAUCUAGGGAUUGCAGUCCAAAGAGCCUGUGAGAAUGUUACACAACCAUUGAAAUUUCUAUACCCUUUGGAUUUUAGUAUUAAAGAGAAGAUAGAGGCAAUAGCCAGGUCAUAUGGUGCAAGCGGUGUUGAAUACUCAGAGCAGGCUGAGAAACAGAUUGAGAUGUACAGCAAGCAGGGGUUUUCUGGUCUGCCAAUAUGCAUGGCAAAAACCCAGUAUUCAUUCUCACAUAAUGCUUCUGAGAAAGGAGCCCCCACCGGAUUUGUCUUACCAAUAAGGGAUGUAAGGGCUAGCAUUGGGGCCGGAUUUAUAUAUCCUUUGGUGGGAACAAUGAGUACAAUGCCGGGUCUUCCGACUCGUCCUUGCUUCUAUGACAUUGAUCUUGACACCACCACCGGAAGGGUCAUUGGUCUUUCUUGA